AUGGACAGACUGAUCAAGCCCGACGUGCAGGCCGUCGACGUUUUUUUCGUCAGAUGGCAGAAAUGUGGCGGAGCUUUCAAGCUAACCAACCUGAUGCACACCAUGUCCGUCGCCGUUUGCCUCAAGCUGUCUGAUCCGUCGCUCUUCUCUGUCUUGAAACCUUUCUCUAUUAUCCCACCUCUCACAACUUCAUCCUUCACUUUAGUCCUCAACGAGCCGCGCGAUCAGCCUCCUUUCUCGUCUCCUCCGUGCACGAUCCUUGUCCGGUCCUCCAUGCUUCCCACCGGGAAAGCCCAUCAGGAUGAUCUCCACAGGCUGUUCUCGAAACCUGGGCCGCAUAUAUUUAAGGAUGCCGUGAUUCCUAUAUCCUUUGUCGGCCCCCAUGUUGCUGAGUUUCUUCUUUCGCCGUCUUCCGUGUCCCUGGAGAUCAAUUUUCUCUUCUCAAAGGCCAUUUCUUGGUGUGAUGAAUCUCAGCUCACUUCUUUGCUCAGACUUGCUGUGGAGAAUGGGAAAUCACACUUCGUUUCUGCCCUGAUUGAGGCUGGUGCGGAUGUUAACCACAGGGAUGCUGAGGGAGAAUCGCUUAUGUCGUCGGCUGUUAAGUCUGGAAAUGCUGAUGCUGUGCAGAUCUUGAUUGAAUCAGGUUAUGUAAUAGACAAUGAAAUCGAUCGGUUUUUACACGUUGCCGCUGCUAUGAACCGGGUGGAUAUAAUGGAAAUCUUGUGUUUAGGCUACCCGGAUAUCAACCUGAAUUCAGUGAAUUCUCAGGGCCAAACAGCACUUCAUCUUGCAGCCAUUCAGGGUCAAGUAGAAGCCCUUCAGUUUCUUGUUCCAAUAGGUAGUGAAGUUGAUGUCACAGAUCGAGAGGGGUGGACUCCGCUCCAUUAUGCUGCCCACGAAGGCCAUAUCGAGACAUCAGAGUUCUUGCUACACCACUCAGUUUAUGCAAAAUACGCGGUCACUAAAGAAGGCAAAACCGCAUAUGCCUUGGCAGUCGAAAAUGGCUACUCCGACCUCUACGACAUGCUACAUUUAAGCGACUCGUUGCACAGAGCUGCAAGAAUAGACGACGUGCACACCAUGAAGAGUUGCUUAGCUCAAGGGGCUAACGUUAACCGGACGGAUCAAAACGGAUGGACUCCUCUGCACAGAGCAGCAUUCAAAGGGCACAUGGAGAGUGUGAAGCUUCUGCUUAACUACGGAGCUCGGAUCGAUCUGGUGGACGGGACGGGGUAUACGGCUCUUCUUCGGGCAGUCGAGGCGGGGCACGUGCAGGUGGCCAUGUAUCUUGUGGCUCAUGGGGCUAAAGCUAGCCUCAAGAGCUUGAAGGAAAAGGCGCCUUCUGAUCAUAUGGAGUGUUUCAAGAAUCAUCAUAGUACUCUACUGAAUCCUUCAGAUAGGGAUUAA